GGAAACAGGCAAAAGAAGGAAGGCUAUGACAGUUCCUGAUGCAACAAUAAAACGGUCAGUUUAUACCAUGCAGUUUUUACCACAUGUGGUCUGACUUAUAAAGAACUUGUAAAUACACAAGUUGUUCCAUAUUACGUAGGCUAAAGGGACGUUUAUAGGCUGUUUUCAAGUGCAUCACAAUGCAGGGAAGUGCGACAGACCUUUUAAAAGAAAGUUUUGGUCGUUCACAUUCGUCAGAGGAAAUGGAACAUAGGCCUACAGAAUCUCAUUCUGUGAGACCCCGGGUGGGUAUCAUGUCAGGUGAGGUACCCAGUGGGAGUACGGGGCAGCCGUUCAACUGGAACGGCCCCAAACCGUGGUCAGUCGUGGUGCUGUCAGUACUGGGCUCCGCCGUAGCUGUGGUCGCUGUUGGCUGUGUCUGCGCCCUCAUCUACCCGAUACUCAAAGAGCUGCGGGCAGAGAGAGUGAGAGGAGAGGAUGGGACUGAAGAGAGGAUGAUGGGUUUCUGGAGUAUCUUGGUGCUGUCAGUAUUACUAGGAUGUAUCUGCUGUGUUUUCUCAUUGACCCUCACAUACCUUAACUCGUACCAGCCUGGCAUGGGGUUGGGAACACCACUGACACUGGCCGACUUCAGAGAUGGAUCUGGCCAUGGUUUCCACACGGGUUAUAGUGUUGCUGUCCUUAACGGCACGAUGGCCAUGCUCACUGUCAUCUGGAGCCUCACCUGACACACAAACACAUAGUGAUGUCCCGAUCAGCUCUUUUGGCCCUCCGAUCCGAUCUGCAGAUUCCACACACAGUCCCGAUCCGAUGUAUUUCCUCAGAUAAUAGAGCUGCACACCGUUGUUUUUGUUUUUUACAAAAAUAA